AUGUCUUCCAACAAGAAAAACAUCAUGAGAACAUUUUUCACAACAAACGGAAGCUGUGGAUCAUGCGUAAAACCAAAAGCCAUUCAAGUUCACGAGCCAACCCUAAAACCCAAAGUUCCCAUCAACCCUAACAACAAGAUUACAAAUCCAAGUAGUAAGGCUUCUUCUACCACAACUUCAGGCGACCGAAACGGCGCCGUUUGCAGCGUCGACGACAGCGAUGAUUUCUCCACCACCACGUUCUCCGAAGCCGAUACAAUGAACAACUACUCCGCACCCAAGCAGAGUCCGUUAAUGAACACCGUCGCGGUCGAGAAGGACUCUGAAGACCCGUAUCAUGAUUUCAAACACUCCAUGCUUCAAAUGAUCUUUGAGAAUGAGAUUGAUUCCGAAGACGAUCUUCAAGAUCUUCUCCGGUGUUUUCUUCAUCUGAAUGAAUCGUGUUAUCAUGGAGUGAUCGUUAGAGUCUUCAAUGAAAUCUGUCAUGAAGCUUUUCCUGAUAAGGUUUGUAAUAUUGCUGCCAAAACUUUCGAAUGA